AUGUUCCAAAGUGCAAGAAUUCAUCCCAAUGCACAAAUUCCCAAGUUAGAGGUUGGCACCACUAGAAGGUUUCUAUGUGAGGUUAAGGAAACCUUGUAUAAAGGCUUGGCUAAACAAACAAAUAUAUAUGGUGGAAGGCAGGGUGUUAAUGUAAGUGGUGUGCCUUCACUCAAUGCAAAUGGAUAUAAAUCUGAUUUCGUGUCGACUAGUCCCAUUAGAAAAGUGAAAUUCAGUUUGAAGGUUGAUAAAGUGAGGGCUGUAAUAUGUGGAGAAGGAGAUCUGCUAUCUCAUCCUAACAACCACCCUAGUCCAAGACAAGAUGACUUAAUUGACACACUGGUAGAAGAACCUAUUAGAAUUAGCCCUCAACUUGAUACAUUUGCUUUUGGAACAGUCUCUAAUGAGAUAAAUCCUACAAUCAAUGGUUUCUUUGCUGAUAGAAAUGAACAUGAAAUGGAUUGUCCUACACAAGGGUUUUCUUCUAUCCCAGAGGCCAUUGAAGAUAUUCGUCAAGGAAAGGUUGAUCAAUCUUUAGUUAUUGUUGUAGAUGAUGAAGACAGAGAAAACGAGGGUGAUCUAAUAAUGGCAGCAUCAAUGGUAACACCAAAAGCAAUUGCAUUUAUAGUAAAGUAUGGAACUGGGAUAGUGUGUGUGAGCAUGAAAGAAGACGACUUAGAGAGGUUGCAACUCCCAUUGAUGGUGACACAGAAGAAUAAUGAAGAAAAACUUUGCACCGCAUUCACAGUGACAGUGGAUGCAAAGCAAGGCACUACAACAGGAGUGUCUGCUCAAGAUAGAGCAACAACAAUCCUGAAACUUGCAUCAAGAAAUUCGAGCCCUGAUGAGUUCAGUCGGCCAGGUCAUGUAUUUCCCCUGAAGUACAGAGAAGGAGGGGUUCUUAAGAGACCUGGACACACAGAAGCUUCAGUUGAUCUUGCUGUGUUGGCUGGCUUGGGACCUGCUGCAGUUUUAUGUGAGAUAGUAGAUGAUGAUGGUUCAAUGGCCAGGUUACCAAAGCUUCGACAAAUGGCAAAGCAAGAAAACUUGAAAAUCGUUUCCAUUGCUGAUUUAAUAAGAUUCAGAAUGAAGAGGGAGAAGUUGGUAGAGUAUGCUUCAGCUGCACUGCUACCCACCUUGUGGGGACCUUUCAAAGCUUAUUGCUAUCGGUCAUGUCUGGAUGGGAUUGAGCAUAUUGCGAUGGUUAAAGGUGAGCUAGGUGAUGGGAAGGACGUACUUGUGAGAGUACAUUCAGAAUGUCUCAUCGGUGACAUUUUUGGGGCCACAACGUGUCAAUGUGGAAACCAGUUAGUGUUUGCAUUGAAGCAGAUUGAAGCAGCAGGUAGGGGUGUCUUAGUGUAUCUCCGAGGACAAGAUAGAGGUAUUGGCUUAGACCACAUUGCCCAUGAUUCUACUGAGUACGGUAUUGGAGCACAGAUUAUGGCUUUGACAAUUGCAGGAAAAGUUCCUCUUUUGACACCAUUGACCAGAUAUGCGUAG